AUACACAUUAUUAUAUUUCAAUUUUCGCGCAUGAAAUAAAUAAAAAAUCAUAUUGUUCCAGCCAAUCAGAAAGAUGCUAAAAUCUAAUGGCAAGAUGAAUCAAGUGCGCAUUUAAAUGCGCAUGUCAUCAGUCUGCAAUUGAAAAUUGUGAUGAUCGGUCACGUUUUAUCGAUAGAAAUUAUGUAAAAUUAUGUAAAAUUUUUAUUUUGUAUUGUAUAAAGUAUUGUAUUAUAGUUAUUAAAUUUAAUUAUAGAUUAUUAAAUUUUGUUUAAACAAUUGUUCAUUCAAUCAUUAUACGAGAAGUGAAUAAUCUGUAACACAUUGGCGUUUGAUUGGAAUUUGGAAGAUGGAAUAUCUUUGAAAUUAUGUUAUAAAUAUAACUGAUUGCUGAGAUUAUUUUAAACAGGAAAAAGGAUUUUCGAUAUGAACGGCAUGUUAACAGUGUUUAUAUUUUAGGAGAAGAAGGAAAGAUAAAAUUAUCUGUAUUAAGGAAAUAGAAAUAUGUAAGUAUUUUUAUAAUUUUUUUUUUUACUGAAUAAUUAAUUGUGUAAUAUGCAUAUAUAGUUUUUAUGUAAUUCAUAAUAUUGAUUAUUGAAAAUAUAUAAGUUCAAAAAAGAUAGUAGAAAAGAUUUGCUAUUAUUAAAAUUUCUAUUUAAGAUUUCUAAGAUUUCUUAGAAUUUUUGAAUUUUAAAUUUUUUAUAUUUGGAAAAAAUUCUCGGAAUAUAAUACUUCUAAUAUUAUUAAUUCAAAUGAAUGAACAUUCACAAUAUAAUUUUUUUAAAAAUAAUAUCUUUUUUAACAAAUGCUCGGUUAGAAAAAGAGGAAAAAAAUAUGAAAACAAUAUAUAUUGUUUUUAUUUUUACAUUCAUUUUGUUCCACUAAUACAAUUAAUACUUUUAUUUUAUUAUGGCUACACACAAUAUCCGCUUCUUUACGAUAUUUUCCAUUUUUUUAGAACAUACUAACUUUAAUAAUAUUUAAUGAUAAUAAUAAUCGCGAAAUCAGAAUCAAUGCUUGUUCAUCGAUUGAAAAAGGUAAAUGGAUACGUUAAUAGUUUCUUAUUUUUAUUUUUUUAUUUUAAAUAUUCGCUUUCAAUAUAGGAUAGAGUAAAUGUUUUACUCAAGAAAAUAAAGCAAUCAUUGAUCACGCGAAAAAGUAAUUAUUAUUUUUUUUAUUUUAUAAAUUUUUAUUCUGCAAUUGAAAAAUUUGAAUUUUUAAAUUUUUAAAUUUUUAAAUUUCAAUUUUUAUUCGAUAAUUUCAAAACUUUGAAUUUUUAUUAUUAUUAUAUUUUACCUUCUUAAAAAAUUUCAAUUUUCUUUAUCGUCAUAUUUGUAAUAAAUUAUAAUGUAUUCAUUUUUUCUUAAAUUAUAUUACAUUAUAUCCCAGUACGAAAUUCUAUACGAAUAAUUACUUCACGAUAACAAUGUAGAUUCUUUGCAUCUAAUAGUAAAUUGCAUACAUUUUGGUUCCUCUGCUCGCUCAAUCAUAUUUUAGAACAAAAAUUCCAAAUCGACACGGAUUGAUUGGUUGAUUAUUACAUUCAUUAAUAGUAACAUUUUCUUUUUUUUUUUUUUGUUUAUUAGCUCAGGCUAAGUUUUCUUAUAUAUUGUUAUAUAUAUAUUUUUAUAUAUUUACUUUAUAAAUAUUUAUGUAUAAAUAUUUGUAUUUGAAUUGCAGACAAAAUAUUUGAAUAAAUAAUAAAUAAUGCUUUUUUUUUACUUCCAUUUAUAUUAACUUAAUAAUUUUAAAACGAUUUAGUUGCUUGGUUAUCCAGAUAAAAAAAGUUAAUAGUUUUAUUUCUCUCUUGAGUUUGAAAAUAUUACAUACAAAAAGAACAUUUCAUGACAGAUAGAUUUUGAAAUCAAAGCUACAAAUUUUGAAUAUUUGUUUUGUAUUUUCGAAAAUUUGUUUUGAUAGAGGAAUCACAAGAGAAUAUUUUCAUUAUAUUUCAUAAUAUUUAAUUUUGAGUCAACUCAUUGAAUUUCAUUUUAAUAAUUUUUUUUAAUAUAUAUAUUCUUUUCUAAUUAGUGAUUCUUUUUUUCUUUUUUUUUUAUAGAAUAUUAAAAUUUCAAUAAUUUAUUACAUCGAUGAAAAAUAAAGAAGAAUCGUUAAAAUUUAAGAUAGAAUGAAAUUGUAUAAAAUCAAAGUUCGUUAACCGAUACAAUUAGAUACAAAAUAUUAAUAAUAAUCUUUUUCUCUAACUCAGAAUUUUCAGAUUUAAUCUCUUCUAUGUCCAUUGCCAAUACUUUCAUGCACUCAGGUGCUGUUUGAGUGAGAGAAAGACAAAUGUGAAUAUGAUAAUUUUAAUUUAUAAAUUAAUAAUAAAAAUUUUUCAAUUAUUGUUGCAUCAAUAUAUAUAUCGAUAUGCAGGAUGUAUUUUUUAUUACAUUUUUAUUAUUUUGUUUAUAUUGUAUAUGUAUUAAGUGUAUAUAUGAAAUUACGUUGUUUGUUAUUUUUAUUAUUUUUUUUAUUGUUAUUAAUUCAAUAUUAAUGCAAUUUACAAUCAUGAUAUUACAUUUGAAAUUCAUUAUUGCGGAUAUAAAGAUAAAUAGUAGCAUUAUUAAUUUUUAAGUUCAAAUUACAAUAAUGAUAAAAAUUUAAUUUAUUUUGCGAUAUUAUUUUUUUUAGAAAACAUUCGUAUUAAUUAGAUCAGAAAUAUUUAUAAUGAAAAAAAUUUAACCAUUUUUACCGUCUAAUGAGUCUAGUCUAGUCAUCAUCGUCAAUUGAUUUCAAGAAAAUGAUACGUAAAAUUAAAAUGAAUGAGAAUAAUGUGACGAGUUCGAAUGUUGGAAGUAUUUUCCUAGUUUUUUAAAUAUAAAACUAGGAAAUAAAAUUUGAAAAAUCGGGAAUAAAGCUGAGACAAUAUGCCAGAUCGAUUUUUUCGAUCUUUGCUUUCGAUCAAUUCUUCGAAACGAAGUUUGAGCCUGAGAUUAUACACAUAUUUCCGCGUUGAUUUUUUUUAAAAUUUUUUUUGUAUUACACUGUAGUUGCUUGUAUUACACAACUACAACAAAUAUUUGAAUGUUUUGCAAAAGAAGAAUUUAUUUGAGAAUAAAGGAGGAUGGAUGAGAUGUCGACGAUCAGAGUAAAGUCUUUAUUUUGUAGCAACUUUAUAAACGAUAACCUUCAAUGGAAGACAAUGGAAAAUUAUUAUUAUUUAAUAUUCAAUACAUAAUAAUAUCAGUAUAUAGUCAGUAUCAGUGGUACAAUUAUAUAUUUAUAAGAAAUAAGAUAAAUUAAUUGAUUGCGAAUGCGAUUAUAUUUUUCAACGUGUAACAUAAAGAUCCCAUAAGAUGUCACGCCUAUUUUGUUUCUCGUCCGUGGUGGUAGAAUGUUGGAUAUUUGGUAAAGUGGAUCACUUGGUUCCGAUCAGUAAAGAACGAAGACGACGGGUGUGUGUUGAGGGGAAUCGCGUGGGAGGAUGAGUUUUGGCAUGUCGGUGCAAUGGGUGUUCUCUGGCGAGCCCAAGUGUUGGGCUGUCGUGAGUCGGGAGCAAUGAGGCGGGUAGUCAGUGCGUCGUCAGACUUCGCGUCGUCGUGAUGUUAUUUUGUUUUUUGUCUUUCUGAUUUUCUUCUUCGGGGGUUCAUUCAGAGAUUUUCUUCGUCGGGGGAAUAUAUUAAGGGGAAUAUAUCGUGUUGUGAUUUUCUAUAUGUAAUUUAUAACAGAGAAUGAUCGCCAUGUAUUAUUCUUUAAAUUAAUUAGAAAUUUAAUAAUUUAAUAUGAUUAUCGUUAAUUUAUCGUUUAGAUCGACUUCUGUGAUCGUUUCACGCGUAUAUAGUAUUAUCGUACACAAAACGUAAACGAAAUUAAAAGAAUAAAAUAUCGGGAAUAAAAAAAGUAUUUUAAUAAAUUUUCCUCAUUUUCCUUCAUUAUAUUGAUUUAUUUAUUUUGCGCUAAUUUUUUAUAAUUUUUCUCAAGAAUUUUCAAAUCCAAGUGUAAUUAUCUUUUCUCUAGUGUGAUUUAAAUAUUUAUCAAUGGCUUCUAUCAAAUUUUUUUCAUAUAUGAAGAUAUUUUAAUCGAUUGUGCCUUGGCAUCAUGUGCCAUUUGAAAAUACAAUUUUAUAACAAUGAAAAUGAGAGAUAAAAGGAAAAUUGAAAUCGAACGAUUUGUGAAUCGUGAAAUUAGAAAGGUGAAUAUCGAAUAGUGUCGAAUUUAGUAUCGGUUGAAGCGAAUAAGUUGUUUCAGUUGGUGCGUAUAACAAUGACGGGUGUUGAGAUAGUUAUUCCAAGUGGUGGUAAAACGAGGGUAGCCGGGCCAGAAGUACGGGAGAGAUGAAAAAUUGUCGGGUCGCGCAUUUGCCAGCCCAGCCUCAUACGAGACGCGAAUGUCUCGUCUGGGCUAGGAGAUUAUACGCGAGUUUUCAACCGUUUAAAAACGUUAACCAAAGAGAAAAUGGAACACAAGCAAACAAUCUUGCUUGCACCAGCAUUGAGCAACAGCAGUUGUUGGCGGAGAGACACGUCCGAAGCCACUUGGACUGGACCAGGCCCUGGAGAAUUGUUACGCGCUACUCUAAUUCUCGUGCUCAGCCUCGGUAUUCUUUGUGCCAAUUUGUUGGUAAUAUGCGUCAUAAAUAGCAGACGAUACAGCAAAUAUAUCCAUGCACAGCCAAAGUACUUACUGACAAGUUUAGCGAGCAACGAUCUUGCUAUUGGUCUUCUGGUUACACCAUUCGGCUUUCUACCAGCUGUUUAUGGAUGUUGGCCUUACGGUGAAAUUGUAUGCCAAAUACAGGCGCUUCUUAGAGGAGCUUUGACCCAACAAAGUGCCGUUAUCCUUGUUUGUAUGGCGAUUGAUCGUUACGUUUGUAUGCUGCAUCCACAUCAUUAUCAUAAACACGCAUCUAAAAAGUAUUACAUGCGGCAGGGUUGCGUGGCAGUGAUGUCGACUACUUGGAUAGCGAGCGUGGCAAUUUUCGGUGCUCUCGUGCUUCCAAGAGGUGGUUAUUAUUUCAACGAUUCCGGUCUUCUCGCCUGUGAUCCUUUUUUCGCCAGGGCUUCCCUCAGAAUUCUCGCGUGUUGUUGUUUUUAUUUUCCUACGACGAUGGUGCUGAUGUAUUGCUACGGUUCAGCCUUUCACGUUAACAAACUGCGCUUAAAAAGGGUGGUUUGCGUUAACACACCGGAGGUCGUUAGCGGAGGCCAUAUGGAGAGGCUUGUAGCUCACGAGAGACGAUUGUCAACUUCUGCUUCUCGAACAAUGGCUGCGAUGAGUUUAGGAUUCAUUGUUAUGGUCACGCCAUGGACGAUUCAGGAAGUCGUUGCAGCUUGUACCGGAAGCAAACCACCACCGUUCCUCGACUUCCUCGCCACGUGGCUUGCGCUUUCCAACAGCUUUUGGAAUCCGUUCCUCUAUUGGCUGCUCAACAAUCACUUUCGUCGUAUUUCGAGAGAACUUCUUUACACUAAAGUACUUUGUAGACCGAAACCUUUGGGACCGAAACAGCAUUGUUGUGCGACCAGCACAGGUGGUCUUGAUGUUUGUAACAUGGCAGGAGUCGAUUUAUCAGGUUUAGAGCGUUGCUCAAUAGACCGUUUUUCAAUGGCUCGAUGUUCCUCUUCUUCGUUAGCCAAUACACCACCACCACUUCCUUGGGAAACCGGACAUGUCCUACAUAACGAUGCUACGCCAACGUGAGUUAGAGAUGCCGUCACGCAAACGGAGGACAUUGAAUCUCCAACGCAUGCUAGUUAGUAUAGCGUGGCGGCAGAACACCAUUCCAUGACUUGCAAUCUUGGAACAGAGCGAUCAUCGCAUCCUCGAUCUUUUUCAAAUAAUUCGUCUUUGUCGAUAAUAGAAUAUUCUUUGUACGAAGAAAAUGCACAAGUCCGACGCGAUUGCCGUUUCUAUCUGGAAAAUACGCGUUUCAAAAGCGUGCCGGAUUUAAUUCGAGAUCUUGAAUUUAAUUGACAUAUAAUAAUCUCAAAUGUUGUGCAGAAGAAAUAUAUAUGGCUGUAAUUUGCAAUCAAGAAUCAAAUUUGUAUAACGAACAUUACGAUUUUGUACUAAUCAAAGUACAGGUUCAAAGUACUUUUUAUUAUAGGUGAAGCACAUUCGACCGAAAGAAACGGAAAAAAUUAUCUUGAAAAUUAUCUUGAAAAUUAAGCAUAAUUUUUCACUAAUUUGAACUAGAAUAUAGAUAUAUAUUGUUUAUGGGAUUCGAAUAUAGAAUAUAAUAAUAAAUCUAAAAGAAAGUAUACAUAGCUACUACUAUGUAAAAUUGUUUUAUAGUUUUUUUUUUUAUCUUUUUCAUAAUUUCGAACGUAAUGGAAAAAAGAAAGAUAAAUCUAAUAAUCUUUAAUAAGAUAAAUAAUCUUUACUAUAUAUCGUUAAUUUACGUAAUAUUUUUAAUUAUCGAAUUCAUUGAAAUGCGUUCAUUGUUUUAUAAUAUCUUACCAAUACACGUUUAUAAUAACCGCACAAAUUAUACGUAUAAAAUAAUAUUUAAAAAAUUGCAAUAUAGAUGUUAAAUAGAUGUUAUUUUUAUCGUAAUUAAUUAUUUAAUUAUAAUCCAUUAUAUUGUUUCCCUUCGAACGGAAUGACUGUUAUGAUUAAUAACGCGAUGAAGGAAUUAUUUUAAGAAACUAUUAUUAGAUUUGGAAAUUGAAAUUGAAAUUAUCGAAUGAAUUAUUAUCGAUUUAUCUUAAAAUUUCAUUUAUAUUUAAUAUCAAACGUUUAAUGUUAAUAUAACUUCGUUAAUAUUAUAUUUUUUUAUCUUUUUAUAGUAUUUAUUGAUAAAAGAGUUACUUGCAUACACACAUAAAUGCACGCGCGCGCGCGCAUAACACAUUGAAUUAAGCUGACCGAUAAAUUAGAUAAAAGUUUAUAAAAAUUAGAAAAAUCAUUUAUUUUUCCAAUCAAAUAUGUUAUUCAUUCUCGCGUUAUAUGCUUGGAUAAAAUUAUAUAUGUAAAACGCGAUUAUGAAUGCGACAAAGAUUUCAUUUUUUAAUAAUGUAUUAAUUACUAUAAAAAAAUAAAAUAUUAGCAACUUUGGUAUAAUAUAAUAUAAAAGAAUAGUUUAUACAUAUAACGUAAAAUUCUAUAUAUUAGUUGUAUCUAGUUAUUUACACAUACUUAUAUACGUAUAUACGCGUAUAUAUACGCGUUAAUUUAUAGCAAAAUGAGGAUAUUUAAUAAAAGAAAAUGUUCGAGAAACUGUAAAAUAUAUAAUAAUAUUUAGCAUUUUUAAGAAAAAAAAUAUUAUGCUUUCCAAUGAUCAUUAUAUUACUUAUAUACAAUUACAUUGCAAUAAUAAAUUUAUUUAUUGAAUAUUGUACCUAUAAUAGUAGAUUAUUAUCAUGUAUCAUGUUGUAUGGUCGAAAUAAAAAAAAGAGAGAGAAAAAAAAAAAAAAAUAGCAAAUCGAUUACAAAUCGAAAAUUUUGAACUUAGGUAUAUUUCAUUAAUUUUUAACAUUUCGGAGAAGCCAAUAUUAAAUAAUGAAUCACUGUCUAUGAACAUGAUGUAACGGUUUAUCAAAUAUGUUGAGAUAUACAUAUAUUUUCUACUAUUUAAAAUGCUGUGAAUAUAGGUAUUAUUUUUUAUAUACAAUUAUGAAUAUAAUAAAAAAAGAAGAAAUAAAUUGAUAAUAUUUAAUUGAUAAACAUCAUUUUCAAUUUUUGUUUAAAUAACAAACUUAAAUAAUGAAUACAAUUAAAUAAUGAACAAACAUCAUUUAUGAAUCGAUUUAUAGAAAAUCGUUAAAAUAUGGUGUUGUAGGUACAUUUUCGAUACAUUUACGAAAUUACAUGUACAUUAUAUCUUUUCUGAAUUUUCUAAAUUUAAAAAAUUAUUAAUUUCUUAAUUUAAUUAAUUAAAAAGUAAUUGUAAUGUUUUGAAUGUAACUUGUUUUGUAUUCUUGUUUCAAUUAUGAUUGAGUUAUUUAUACAAAGAAAUUAAAUCUCACGCAAAGAAAAAUAGUAAAGCGUAUAUAAUACUUUGAUCAUUUGUAAAUAGAUCGUGGUUUCAAAAGGCAUAAAAGUAGAGAAAGUUAAAAAUGAGAAAAAGAGUUAAAAAUUUGAAAAAAAUUGCAAAUAUGAAUACUUUAGGAUUGUUAUAUCAUACAAAAUAAAUGAUUCAGGGACUGUUAUAGUUAUAUAAGUUUGAAAAAUUGUUAUUCAUAUGACGUUUCUUCAUAUGAAAAAUUCCUAAAUAUAAACAACCGUAUAUUGAAUAUAAACAUAAUAAUAUUUCCGUGUACGUCAAUAUUAUGCAUAUAUUGCAUUCAACAACGUUAUUUAACAUAAAUAUAACAUUAACAUAACAUAAAUAAUUUAACAAGUAUAAUUUAUAUUUAUAUAAUGAAAAAGAAAUUAAAAUUAAAAGAAACAACAUUCGAAUAGAUUCGAACAGAUCGGACAAUUGAUAAUAAAAUGAUUUGAUUUACAUAUACAUCAUAAUUAAAAAAAAGAAAAGUUGAUGUAAUGUUAUAUUCGAAUAUAUAGUUGGAAUAUAUAAUUUCGUAAUACAUAUUGAUAUAAUCUAAAUAAUAUACAAUACAUGUAUAUGCAUAUACCAAUAUCCAAUAUAUUCAGUCUAUGUAUUGGAUAAUCUGGAUAAUGUUCAUCAUUUUUGUUUAAUUUGUUUAAUAAGUAAUAAGAAAUAACACAUAUAUUAUAUUGUAUUCCAUUUCGUUAUCGUUAAAAUUAUAAUUAUUUAUAAAUAUGCGAGAAAAACAAGAUAUUCUUCAAAAAUAAAAAAAUAAAAAAAAACGUAAAAAUUUAUCGUUUUCUUGGAUGAUCUCGAUUGUUUCGAAACUAGAAAUUUAGAAAGAAUUCUUUAUAUCUCUCUUGAUUUUUAAUAUACGAAUAUGUUCCAAUUUACUUUCGUUGUAUUAAAAAAUUAAUCAAUAUAUCGGUUUUGAAUAUAUUAAUUUUUUGCAAAUAUUUUUAUUAUAAAAUAUUUCGUGUAUUUCUAGAAAUAAUUAUAAAUAUAGGUGGAAUUUAAAAAUGGUACAUGUAAUAAAAUAGUGGAAAUAUAUAAUCUUAUCUAUUAUAUUGUAUAAUUAUAUGUACAAUUAUAUAUUGUAUAAUUAUACGAUUUUAACGCGUUAUACAAUAUUAUGCUAAUCGCAUAAAUCUUAGCUACAUUUUUUUUCAAUUUUUAAAUAAUUUACAAUGUUACAUUAAGUUACAUUAAGUUAUAUUUAUUAUUAUAUAAUAUAUUACAUUAACGUAAUGUACGGUUUUUAUUAAAUAUAAUGCUGGAAUAUAUUGUGGCGAUAGAUACGAACGUUGUAAAUUGUACGAUGUGAAAUUAACAAAUUUUCGUAAAAAUUUUUUAUUGAAUUUUACUUUUUAAAUAAUAUUUUUAAAUAUAACUAUAUAACUUAUUGUAAAUAAUUUUGUACAUACCUUAGUUUGAUAUUCAAUGUUUUAUUAUUUAUCGUUUUACUAUUUUUUUUAAAUUCUACGAUUAUAAUAUUUUUAUCUAUGCGAUACAAUUCCCAUUUUAUUCGUUAAAUGAUUAUUAUAUAGUAAGAAAAAAAUGUAAUAGUUAAUUGUGUUUAAUCGCAAAUAUUAUAAUUUUUUUAUGGAACAAAAUAUAAAAUUAAGUAUAUAGAAUUGUAAGACAAAGGAGAAAAAGAUGAAAAAAAAGAAAAAAAGAAAAAAAAAAGAAAAAGAAGAAGAAGAAGAAAAAGAAGAAGAGAAAAAGAAAGAAAAAACAUAUGAUUUACAUUAGAAUAUUUUACAAUAUUAGAAUAUAUAUUAGUAAAGUUAAGAUCAAAUUGUUGAGAGUCGAUAAGAGCGAAACACUGCCUGUUGGCUCACCAACAACAACGUGAAAGCUCCUUCGUAACGAUGAAACGAAACAUUUAUCAUUGCCUCGAACACAAAUAACUACUCCCUAUCGAAUAGGGCAUAAAUCAUUUUUGUAUCGAAUAAGACAACGCGUAUCAAUUUUAGAUACUUGGGAUACUUAUAUAAUUAGAAAAACUAGAAAUAAAAUAUUAAACGAAGAAUUUAGAUGAAACGCAUAAAUAAUCAAAAUAAAAAUAAUUACGAAUUUUAUUCCUUAUUUUAUAUUAAAAUAAUUGUUUUAAUUGGAAUAUUUUUUGUAUAUUUUGUGUCGAUAAAUAUACAUAUAUAAAAUAAAUAAAUGUAAUUAAUUUACCAAAUUUUUAAAAAAUUUAAAUUUUUGUAUAUAAAUUUCCAAUACAUGUACAUUUAUUAAAAUUUUGAUUAGAAAAACUUUUCGAUAUACUUCAGAUUAUUUACGCUUCGUCACAAUUAACUUCAACUUUUUAUAAAAUUAAAUUAUUCGCAUCUUCUAUAUCCAUCAGAAGUAGUGUAAAGUUAAUUAUAGAAUUUUACAAUAUUCAUUGUUAAUUUGGAUAAAUUAUGUGUAUACACACACACACAUACACAAACACACACACAUACACACACUACAUACACACAAUUCUUGUAAAUAAUAUUUUUGUUCGUUAUUUGAAAUAUAAUAUAUAAUAUAAAUAUACAAAAUAUAAUAUAAUGGUGUUAGAUAAAGUUAGCGAUGUUGUAUCCUAUACGUAUACUUUAUUUCUUAAGAAUAGAAUAAAAAAAUGUAUGAAGUGAAAAAA